GUGAUGGUGCUGAUCCUCCUGGGGCCAGCGGCGGGCCUGCUGGACCUGCAGCCCUACGACGAGGACGCCCCCGGCGUCGAGCUGCUCGUCGCGCCGGGCGCCGCCGUGAUCGUGAGGACCGAUCAGCUGUCCUGCGCGCUGUCCGCUCCUGGUGGUCGGGACAGGUGCUACGCCGCGACCUGCUACCUGCUACAGCCCGACAUCCUGAAGAUGCACCGCGAGCGCAUGCAGGAGCACCUGACGCCGGCGGCGCUGAGCCUCGACGCGUGGGUAGAGGAGCGCCUGAGGGAGAUCAAGGAGGCAGAGCCGGCGGAACAGGACUGGGAGGACAUCACAGUGCCGCGGAGCUUUGCCUACGCGGCGAACCGCACGUGGUUCACCAGGCAGCAGACCGUGGUCGCCGGCGCUUCCACGCGCAUGCCUGCGACCUGGGAGCACGAGCUGACCUUCCUGUCUUGCGUCGCUGGCGCCGACCUGGCUACCGAUAUUCCGUUCAUGCGAUGGGACCACAGCACAGUGUUCGACGAAGACCCCGAAGGCUGGAAGAAGGACGAGCCGAAGACCGAUUGCAGGCAUGCGUGUUUCAUGGAUGGCCUGGAGCUGUUUGACUCGAAGUUCUUCGGCAUUUCCACUGGCGAGGUGAAGAGCAUGGACCCGUGCCAGCGACUCUGCCUCGAGACCACCUACGACUCGCUGUAUAGGUCGGGCUACAGGAAGAAGGACAUCCACGGCUCCAGCUGCGGCAUGUACGUCGGCAUCGGGUACACGGACUGGGAGCUGGCGGAGCGCACCAUGGACUUCGGCAGCUUCGGCGCCACGGGCAGCUCCCCCGCGGUCUGCGCGGGCCGGCUCAGCUUCUGCCUCGGUUGCCGCGGCGCCUCCGUCGCCAUCGACGCCGAGGCCGCGUCUGCCCUGGCCUGCACGUACUGGGCCGCGGAGUCCGUGGAGGCCAAGGGCAACGGCAAGCACCAGGAGAUGUCCUGCGCCCUCGGGACCCACCUGCUGAUGGCCAAGCACUGGUGGCCCGCCCUCAGCGCCUCCGGCUUCCUCUGCAGCAAGGGCCGGUGCUUCUCGUUUGACUCCGCGGCCAGCGGCUACAUCCAGGGCGAGGGCGUGGGCACUCUCACAGUCAGGGCCAAGAAGAUGGACGGCGAGGCCGAGAAGGACUUCGACCACAUUUCGAUCGGCACCAUCUCCGGGGGCGCCAUCGGUAACAGCGGGCAGAGCGCUGGGCUCUACGCGCCCCACGGGCCAGGGGAGCAGCAGGUGCUGACCGACUCCUGCCGCAGGUCCGGCAUCACGCCCCAGGACGUGGACGCGGUGGAGUGCGCGUCCACCGGCAUGCUGCUGCGAGACGCGGUGGAGGUCGCCAGCUGUGCCAAGGCCCUCCGAGGCUGCGGGGCGGACGAGGGCAUGCCCUGGUCCGGGUCGGAGCCGGAGAUGCUGCAGCUCGGGUCCGCGAAGACCAACACGGGCAACCUCAUCGAGACCUCUGGGCUGGUGGGGCUCAUCAAGGUGUUCCACGCCAUCAGGUGGAAUCUGUGGCCCCCCAGCCAGCACCUGCGGCGGCUCAACCCUCACAUGGAUGUGUCAGAGGCGCCGAUUAUCAUGGGCGGCGAGUGCACCGACCCGCGCUCGCGGGCCCUCUUCAUGGGCCACAGCGCCUUCGGGUUCGGCGGCACCAACGUGCAUCUCCACGCGUUCGGUGGUGUCGACGAGGAGGUGCGGAGGCCACCAGGGCCGGUCCCAGAGUCGCGCAAGCCCAGGCUCACGUUCUGGCCUGCGGGCGGCGGCGAGUCGGCUCGCCCGCGGAAGGGCUACUUCAUCAUUGGGACUUGGGGCGGACCAGAUGCCGAGCCGGUGCAGAUGGAGCAGGAGGGCGUUGGCGUCUACGGCUACACCAUGGCCCUCGGCGAGAACCGGUGGGAGCAGUUCCAGCUCAUGCUGGACGCGGACGAGGGCAAGGUGCUGCACCCUCGCCACUGCGAGGCCUGGAAGGGCUGCGAGGUGCUCGGGCCGGACCCACAGGAGGUGGCGGAGGGCCUUGCCUGGCUGAUCGACGGGCGCUCCGCGCUGCCAGAGCCCCCGCCCGGCGAGGAGGAGCUGGUCCUCGCGGAGGCUGGUACGCUCACGGAGACCAACGAGGACGUCGGCGUGCCUGGGGACCUCUACCGCAUCCAGAAGAACAGAAGCGGCAUGCAAACAACGACGUUCGGAGUUCCUAUCGGGUCGGACGAGUGGGGGGAUGGGGACAGGGGGGUAGGCCGCGUAGCCGCUCCGCCGGCGCCCGCCGAGGCUGGCGCCGCGGCGGCGCGCUCGCGCGGCAGGGUGAUCAAUUCCAGCGGCACGCAGGAGUACAGCUCUCAGAGUGGAGCCACAUCUAACGCAGCCAUGGUGGUGGCGGCCCUGCUCCUCCUCGGCCUGGCCUGCGGGUGGCCCUGCGUGGCCGCUGGGCCUCUCAACGUUGGCAUCGUUGGCGCCGGGCCUGCCGGGCUGAGCUUCGCUCUGGGGCUGCGCAGGCUGCUGGGGGCAGACGUCCGCGUGCGCGUCUUCGACCGUUCCGACCAGCUGCGGCCGCAGCUGGGAGGCGGCGUGCAGCUGAACAGCGGCGCCGCGGUGCUGGGCAGGCUGGGGUUGAGACCGGAGCUGCUCGCCGCUGGCAGGCCCGCGCGGCGGGUGGUGUCCCGCAACGUGGACAGGGACGUGCUGCUGGACUUCGACAUGCAGAGAGACCCUCGCUCGAGGGAGGCGGGCCUGGUGGGCGAUGACGGGAACGUGCUGGCUCUGACGAUCAUGCGGGACCGCCUCCAGGAGAUCCUCGCCGGUGCCCUGCCGGCCGACAUCCUGGAGUUCGGCAAGAGCCUGGCCGACGUGAGGCUGUGCCCCGGCAGCGGCGGUGACCCCGCGGUGCGGUGCACCUUCGAGGACGGCGACGAGGCCGACUUCGACCUGCUGGUCGGGGCAGACGGCAUCCGGUCCGUCGUCCGCGAGCGGGUGGUCGGGGGCGGCGACGAGCCAGGGAACACGAGGAUCCGGAUCAUUUGGGGCGUGGCGCCGGCAGGCUCGCGCCCUGCGGGCUCCGAGGAGGAGCUGCACCAGUGGUUCGGCCGCGGGUGCUACUGCCUCAGCGCGAGCUACGGCGGCCGCGACGGCAAGACGUACGACCAGUGCGUGGCCGUGUUCGCCGACGACUCCGGCUUGCCGGACAUCAACCCAUCCUGGGACACCGCGGAGGCGAGGGGCUCCCUGGUGGCCCGCUGCGAGGCGGGCGGCAUGCCGGCGGAGGUGCUGCGCGUGGCGUCCGCGUGUGAGCGCGUCUUCGAGCUGGGCUCCUACUUCUCGCCUCCGCAACCCGCUGGUGCCCUGGUCGGGGCUAGGGGGCCGCGCGGUCCUGCUGGGCGACGCGGCGCACGCGAUGCCCCCGUUCCUCGGGCAGGGGGCGAACCAGGGCAUCCAGGACGCCUACUGCCUCGCAAAGGAGCUGGAGGCCUUUCGAAGCGGGCGCCACGCCAGCAUGGCCGACGCGCUGGGAGCUUACGAGGCGACCCGGAAGUUCCCGUGCGCCCGCCUGACUCUGAACAGCAGGAUCCUGGGGUUCGUGGAGACGUCGUUGCCCGAGAUCGGCAGGGACGCGUUUUUCCGCACGGUAACAGCUCUCGGCAUUACUCGGUUUAUUUUUCUGGACGGCGCCAUGCCGAAGGUUUGAGCUGUGGAGGAGGGGCAGGGGGAGGAUGA